AUGGUGUUCUACUUCACCAGCAGUAGCGAUAAUUCAUCUGCUUACACCAUUUACAUGGGAAAAGAUAAAUAUGAAAAUGAAGAUUUAAUAAAGUAUGGCUGGCCUGAAGAUAUUUGGUUUCAUGUGGACAAACUCUCUUCGGCUCAUGUGUACCUUCGAUUACAUAAGGGGGAGAAGAUAGAAGAUAUUCCAAAGGAAGUGCUAAUGGACUGUGCACACCUUGUGAAGGCCAACAGUAUUCAAGGCUGCAAGAUGAACAACAUUAAUGUGGUAUAUACACCGUGGUCUAACCUGAAGAAAACAGCUGACAUGGAUGUGGGACAGAAAGGCUUUCACAGGCAAAAGGAUGUAAAAAUUGUGACAGUGGAGAAGAAAGUAAAUGAGAUACUGCACAGGAUA